UGUGAGAGAGACGCUCGAGAGCAUCUAUGGAACGCUGAAGCGUCCGAACGCAACACCGGAUCCGAGCUGCUCGACAGACCUACAACUCACGAGAGAAGCUGUCGACCUGGACUUAUUACAGGAGACAUCGAGAGCCUGAAGACAUGGAAUCAGCGAAGCAAGCGCUGCAGCGUAGAGCCCGUCAAACCGUGGAUGUGGGUUAGGAGUGCCCGUGACGUCACGCGCGCUCGGUACUCGGAGUACUAGAAGGCUCGAGCUCACAUGGCUCUCGUAGCCUAGCCAUGUGCCCGUGUGUACUAGGAGUCGGGGCGCCGCCGCUGAUUGGCCGUGACGUGCGCGGUGCGCGGCGCCCGAUUGGUCGAGGCGGCACGUUGCAUAAUUUAGCACACUGCCCUGACGCGAGACUCUCUGCAGUACCACGUGAGGAGCGGCAGACAGCUAGUGACCUAGAUAUUCUUCCCGUACAAAACAUGAGAGGUCCACGUGUGGGAGGCGUGAUAGCCUACGUCUGCUCCUCGAGCUCCGCCCCCAGCCCGGAGUCCUGCAUGAGUGACAGCUCUAACAGCCGCUCCCCGUCGUCCUCCCCGCCUCUGCCCAUUAAAGCGAGCCGUCUGACAGACCUGCCCACCGCCGCACUGCUGUCCAAACACCCACGAGGACACGCUUCUGACAAGACCCCCGCUGCCAAGAGCAGCAUCACCAAGCUCAACGGGAUGGUGCUGCUGUGUAAAGUGUGCGGAGACGUCGCCUCGGGCUUCCACUACGGCGUUCAUGCCUGUGAAGGCUGCAAGGGCUUCUUCAGAAGAAGCAUCCAGCAGAAUAUUCAGUAUAAGAAAUGCUUGAAGACGGAAAGCUGCACUAUCGUACGGAUAAACCGCAACCGCUGCCAGCAGUGCCGCUUCAAGAAGUGUUUAUCGGUCGGGAUGUCCCGAGACGCCGUGCGUUUCGGACGCAUCCCGGAGCGUGAGAAGCAGCGGAUGCUCCUGGAGAUGCAGACAGCCAUGAACAACAUGAUGAACAACAGCCAGCUGCAGAGCAUGCUUCACAGCGACUCCAGCUCGUCCUCGCCCUCGCCGCCCGAUUCCCCCCGCUCCUCCUCCGAUCUGUCCCGAGACUCGGAGUCGGCCGUCCCCAUGGACACGGCCUCGUCCUGCUCGUCCGACAGCGGGGAGGAAGACGCGGCGAGCUCCGGACGCGGCCCGCUCGGGUACGGCUCCGUGUCUCCGGCCGGCUCCGAGACGCUCGGCAGCUGCGGUAAUAAGGAGGACGAGGAGCCGCGGGAAACCUGGAGCCGCUGGAACGAGAGAAACCCGGUCGCCGAAAACAACGUGAAGACCACCGCCGGACCUUACAGGGAACACGUGACCGGGUAUCACCUGACCCAGCAGUGCCGUCGAAGCCCACAAAACCUGCCUCAGCACACAAACAACAUGAACGAAGUCCAGGCUGGAGCAAACAGGGGACACCUGGUGUGUCCCAUGAGCGUUUCCCCCUUCGUGGACCCCUGCAAGCCCGGUCACGAAAUCUGGGAGGAGUUUUCCAAGAGCUUCAUCCCUGCCGUACGAGAAGUGGUGGAAUUUGCCAAGCGGAUCCCGGGCUUCCAGGACCUCUCCCAACACGACCAGGUCAACCUCCUCAAGGCGGGAACCUUCGAGGUGCUGAUGGUGCGCUUCGUGCCGUUGUUCGAUGUGAAAGAGCGGACCGUGACGUUCCAGAGCGGCAGGAAGUACAGCGUGGACCUGCUGCGCUCGAUGGGCGCCGGAGAGCUGCUCAACUGCAUGUUCGAGUUCAGCGAGAAGCUCACCGCCCUGCAGCUCAACGAGGAGGAGAUGAGACUCUUCUCCGCCGUGGUGCUGGUGUCUGCAGACCGAUCGGCAAUCGAGGACGUAAGCGGCGUGGAGGCCCUGCAGGAGACCCUGAUCAGAGCCCUGAGGAACCUGAUCAUGAAGAACCACUCGAACGAAGCGGCCGUCUUCACCAAGCUGCUGCUGAAGCUGCCCGAGCUGCGUUCGCUCAACAACAUGCACUCCGAGGAGCUGCUCGCCUUCAAAAUCCAACCUUAACCCCCGUCUGACCGGCCCGGGGCUGUAAAUUAACUCUCGAAUGUAUUUAACAGGCUUUUUUUUUUGUACCAAUUUGUGAUUGAGAGACGCGUUCGGAAGCGUUCGGGUUUUAAAACUAUAUUACAGAUCGUUGUUAUUUGCUCAUCACGCACAAGCAAAGGUCGUCUGCGUUUCGCAUUCGUUUGUAAAACACCAGACUCUUCCUCAGCCGCGUAUCAUCCUUCCAUUACGUGCAAUAGCUGCUAACGCAUGGCUAUUCGUAUCCGAGCAGCUUUAUGUCGUAUCUUAUGUACUUUUUUUCCUGAAUGUAUGUCUGUUGCUAGCAGCAUGUUGGCGUCAUUUGAACCUGUAUGACAGGGGCAACGCUUUUGCACGAGGUGUUGAGGAACAUAAUAACACCAUAAUAACGGUGCCGAGUUGUAAUUUAUGAGUGGAGUCACUUUAAAUGGCGUUUUUCUAUAGACCACGUACAGAGAGGUGUUAUUAGUCUUCCAUUAUGCAGCGGGAAACAUGUAUAGUGGACUUGAACAAAACUAUGAAAGAGACGGAGUUUAUUUAUGGACGUUUGUACAGAUUGCCUUAUCACUUUUCGCCAGAUUGACGGACGCGGGGAACAUUUGUUGUUUUUCUUCUCUGUAAUCAUCGCGGAGCAGGGAAACGGUGUUAAAAUCCCAGUUAUUUUGGGACGCGCUGCUCCCGGUUUACUCUAUGCAUAUGGAAACAGCUCGACAACACGGACAUUUCUCAGCCUGCGACACGCAGGAAAAGACGUACCGCUCUCUCGUUCGGCUCUGGUGUGUCCAUGUUUUUUUUGUUUCCUUAUACAAAACAGUGCAGUAUGUAUAGUUGUGUAUAUCUAUUUGAAAUAUAUCAUUAUAAAAAAAAAAAAUCAAUAAAUAUUUACUUGUCAUUUA